UCUGCCCGCUGCCGCCCGCCGCCCGCCGUCGCCGGAUCUGACCUGAUAAUCUCCUCCGUGCCCAACUCUCCCAGCUCGUCCCUCUUAUUUUUUCUUCUUCUCCCUACCUACAUCACAGCCUCUACUUCCUCUCAAAUACCUCCGACCUCACGACUUCUUCCCCUUUCACCAUCUCCUCCUCCUCCUCAUCUUCCUCAUCUUUCUCCUUCCCAUCCGCAACGGGCGACACUGACCCCAACGCCUGUCUGCAUUGGUUCGCCCGGGAAGGAAACUUGAGCGCUCAACAGUCAGUCGCCUGUAUUUAUUGACCGCCGACGAUCCAGAGGGGACGAAGACGAACGAUCCUCACACCACGACAGCUGUGUCGACACCGACCUUGACAUCGGGCCCCGUCAUCGACGUCUCGGCAUCAGCAGCGGCACAUAGCCUGUCUGCCUGAUCUGCCGUUCCUCCUCCGCCAUUUCCACAGCCUUGUCUACCACACAUAAACCACGUCGGUCAUGUUGGACCCGUCGGCGAGCCGGCGACAUCAGCUGAUGGACUCGUCCGCCGUCUACUCCCACUCCCGCACACGCACGACAUCCUCCAACACCUUCCCCGUGAACGUCCAGGGUCCGACGCCGAUGCACCUCUCCCACCACGCCCACGCAAAUCCCCAUCAGCACACCCGUCGCUCCCCCUCGGUCAACACCUUCAGCACAACUUCAAGCGCGCCGCCGCCUCCGGCCGCAUAUCGCACCUCGUCCACUACCGAUCUGCGCCGUUCGACCUCGUCUCGCUCCGGCGGAAGCAGCCCACAACCCACAGGUUACGUCGCCCUUCUCCGUAAGCAAAAGGCCACCGUCUGGUGCGACCGCGCUCAGUAUGAGGACCCCCGCCUGCUCGCCCAACAGCGCGCCGCCAAGAUGCGCGCUACUCUCGAGGUCAUCGGUGGACAGCGCAACUCCGGCGGCCUCUCGACCCCCUCCGGCCGAACGACCACCGGCAUCAGCGCCACCGGCAAGGUCGCCGCCAAGAUCCGCCACCAUGGCAAGCCUGGCGUCGUCGGCUACGCCCCCGGCGAGAACCACAUCGGUGUCGGCGGCGUGCCCAUGCGUCUGAGUGCCACCGAGGUCGAGGCUGAGAGCAGCGACGACGACGACCCGCGUCUGCACCAUCGCCGCACGGGGAGCAGUGGCCGCAGCAGCACCACGAGCCGCCGUGGCCCCGGUUACCGGUCCUCCAGUGGUGCCCUGGGCAGCCAGAGCGGCCGCCGGUGGAGCCCCAGCGACACACCCGAGCGGAGCGGCAGCCUCGUCGAGGAGGUGGCACUCGAGGACGCGACCCUGGGCGAUGCCGCGAGCGGCAAGGCCAUGACGACGGGCUCUGCCAGCAGCAGCAGCGGCGAGCGCGCCGACAACCUCGGCGAGCUCGGCGGCAUGGGCGGCAACGCGGCGCGCCUGGCGAGCAACUCGCUCAUGCAUUCGACCGUCACGCGCGAGAAGAGCGUCAAGGGCGUCGACGAUCUCCGUAGGAGGGGCAGCGUCGACGAACGCACCACGACGCUCACCGGUGGCCGUCUGUACAUCGCCAACCCCGAUUAAGGCCCUACGAAAGCCGCACGAUCGAAUCGAUUGGAACCGGCAUCGACGCGGGCCAUUGUUUUCUCACUGUUUUUCUCUCAUCGUCAUCAUCAUAUCUGUACGAACGCCUUUCCUUUCGGGGUAGGGACAUACACGGUCGUUUGGACGAGGCGUUUGGCUUUUUCCUCUACUGUCACAAACUCUUGCAUCAACCCGGCGUUUAUUUUCUUGGUUUGUUUAUUGGGUGGGACGAUACCAAUACAGGAGGCCAUCCCGAAGAUUACAUCACACACACACACACACACACACACACACACACACACACACACACGCUCGACGGGGCUUCCGGGAGGUGCUCUCUGGACUACCCAUCUGUCGCAGAGACAUCCACAGCGGUUCGCUCUAUGAUCGCUAUACCUACGGGUUUUGUUUUACCCAUUGCGUUUCCUUGCGUAUCUUUGCGAGUUCCCAUACUCCACAUGAAUGGGCCACUACAAGUCCGUUACUUAAUUUGCGGGCAACACCAAAGAAUGAGGAGGCGGCGCGACGCGAGACCGAAGACUGCGUCCGGCGGAAGAAGGAACAAGGAUUGGGGCAGAAAAAAACAACAAUCAGCUAGUCAGAGAAGCGGAGGAUGAUACCACGUUGGAGAAAGCGACCUUUCGUGCCCGGGCGCGGAGAGGAAGUGAGACAUGGAGGGAGGAGCUUGAAAUGCUCGAAUAUGAAAGGCCAUUCCUAGGCAUUGCGAUUCCUACACACUCUUCUUGGCCCCCAACUGCUCUCGGAGAACGUGAAGUGUCAAUGAAGAAUUGAGAUGGGCGUUUUUGUUGGCUUGAAUGUUCAAUCAAGGACCCCCCCCC